AUGGAAAUCAAAAUUCAAAGUGUACUUCCGCUUUUUCUUAUCCCUUUGAUUGCCUCUUCUACUAGCGUUUGCGAUAAAAACCCCAGCCUUAUACAGUGUAUUGCUCUGAGAAACCAGUUCAUUUUGCCACUCAAGGACAGUUGUAAUCCAUUGAAGAAAAACUGCGACACAGGAGACUUGGUCGAUCCAAGAGUUGCCAACUGCCAUUUAGAAUUCAGUGGGAACGUGUUUCAUUCUUUGCUGGACGGAUUUAAAAUGAGUUAUGGGUACAGAUGCUUUCCCAUCGUUCCGGACCCUAAUAUGUUUCACAGGCGGAAUGUCGGGCCAAGUUAUGGGGAACCCCGCUGUGUUCCCACUAAACUUGAUAAACAUGGAAGCUUCACUUGCGGGGAACACGGAACACGAUGUGUGUGCGAUGCUCCUGCAGAAUAUAACUCAUAUGGGACACAAUGGUUGAGGAACAACUGUAGGUGUCAGUAUUUUGUGAAUCUUUGCCGUAUUCCUAAAGUCUGCGCGAGUCGUGGGAUUUGCAAAAUGUGGGGAUCCGAACUGCGCUGUGAAUGCCCUGCUGACAAAGAGCAAUGCAGGCCCGGAAUAAACCAGUGUAAAGCUAAUCCGGGACUUUGCUUGGACGAGGGCAAGAUUUGCAUCGAACUCUAUGAUACAAACGUAGGCUGGCUGAUUGGAAAUGAACAGAAAGGCGAUGGCUUUGCCUGCAUUUUAGCGGGGACUGUAAAGUCUCUAGCGACCGUCACACAUUACUGCGAUAUCUCCCAAGAAACAUUCAGUAGAAUCGGAGGAGUAGAGCCUAAGAAUGAGUUAGACUUGUGCUGCUAUCGAAUGCUGACAUGCGCGGGUGGAGAAAGCAUUCCAAAGAAAGGAACCAUUUUCAGCUACAGACCGUGUUACUGCAACGUAGAAUUCCGAAAGUGCCUCUUCACGGCCGCCUUUGAUCCCAAGUUUAAGGGAAACGUUGAGCAGAUGGUUGAAGUAUUAAACAACUUGGCGCAUUGCAUCAUUGACGACGGCGUCCAGUGUGAUCCUGUGCGUCCCUGGACUUGCCAGAAAGGUGACCUUAUCAAUCCUAAAUUUGCACAUUGUGCUAUUGACUGUAGAACAGGCCCAGUGCUGCCAAUCUGGGCUCGAGCCUGUGCCCUUCGACAAUGCAAGCCACCUUACCAUCGCGAAAAUCUUAGGAUUAUAGACGUACCACGCAUGGAGGAAAGCUCAAUUUGUAAGCCUGUAGAGGACCUGCCAAUAUUGUGCGGAAAUAGAGAAACGAACACCCGAUGUGUUUGCGACGGUAAGCCGAGCAGAUCAGAUUUCACCGACAGAUGCCGAUGCCAGUAUUGGCCAGACCGAUGGGAAGAAAGACAGUCUAAAGAAAAGUAA